CUUGAAUGGAUGUAACUUACUGAGACCAUGAUGUUAACAAUAGACAAGAUGUGGACGUUUUAUUCAUUAGUUAUUCUUUUAUCUGUCAUGCAGGUUCAAAAUGUUUUGGCUACAGGUUGUAAUAUUGUGUCAGUGACAUCUCCUUCAGCAUCAACGCUUGAUGUGGUUUGGAACAGCUAUGCUGGAGCUUCAGUUUAUCUACUGGACUUGAGAGUUGUGAACUCUACCAAUAUCGCCCCAGUGGUGGUGAUGCUGUCAGUACCCAUCACACACAGGGUGGUUCAGGGUUUAAGACCUGGUCAUGUCUAUCAAGUGACACUGAAGGUGUUUCAGUAUUUAACAGUUGUGUGCACAGACGUUGAAAUAUCCAUGACAGUGCCCGCCACAUCUCAGAUCACCUUUUCCAAAGCAAUUUCAAGUACAUCUAUAAAGUUUGAGUGGUCCACUGUGAAAGGGGCAGACAGCUACACUUUGUUCGUGGAGGAGCUGUUUAGUUUUCCCGCAAAGAAAUAUAACCAGACCUUCACAACUCUGAAGGGACAAGUGGACGGCUUGACUCCCUCUACAACUUACAACUGCUACGUCUACUCCUACAACAGUGCUGGGAGUAGUGCCCGAAGUAACAUAAGGACAAUAACAACAUUGGUGCAGCCACCAACUGGUGUAAACCUCGUACCGACGGGAAAGAGCACGGCCCGAGUUACUUGGAACGCUGUAAGUAAAGUCCUGCUUUAUCAAGUGAAAGUGAGUGACGACGACAACCCCAGCAAUGCCCCGGUCAUCAGAAACACUUCACUCACAUCUAUGGAUAUCAGUAAUCUGGAGCCGUGUUCCACCUACACAGUGGGAGUAUCAUCAGUCAACGUCUUCUUAGUGCCUGGGGAGGCCUCUAAUGUUACACACACUACUGCUACCAUUAACCCGGUGACAACGUUCUCUGUGGACUACAGCUGUUCCACCGGCAUGGUGACAGUGACUUGGAAUUUGGUAUUUGGGGCCAACUCUUACAGGGCCACAGCCGUUGAUGGCACCGGAGAGUCCCUCAACUGCACAUCAGCCUCCAGUAGCUGUCAGAUAACCAUGCUCAAGUGUGGUGAGAAGUACCGGGUCACUGUAACAGCCAUCUCCGACGACUGUGAGAGCACCUCCACCAACUUCACCUUGUUCGAAACAGUCCCCUGUGCUCCAGCUAAUCUACAUACCCUUCAUGAUUGCUCCAGCAAUGUCAUCGUCUUUAGCUGGCAGCACACCAACAACACCUUCUACUAUGUGGCCACGGCAGUGGACAACACUGGCAAAGCGACGCAGUGCAGGACAGUGGACAACAGCUGUUACUUCACUAAUACAGGCUGCGGUCAGUUCUACACGUACAAUGUGUACGCUGUCAGCUCUGAAUGCAACAGCGAAAUCAGCCAGUCUGAGUUUGUCCGGACCUCUCCUUGUCUACCAACAAAUGUAAGGACAGCACCUGAAUGUCGCGCUGACAUGCUGAUCACAACCUGGGACUCUGCUGCUGGAGCUCUCUCCUACACUGUGGAAGCACAGGGAAACACUGGAGAAACCUACAUCUGCACCUCAUCCUCCAACAGCUGUGCAGUGACCGGCGUGCCGUGCGGCGAACACCUCAGUGUGUGGAUCACCGCCUCCAAUGACAACUGCUCCACCAACAAGGUGCUGGGAGAAGUGGCUCAGACUGUUCCCUGCACCCCAACCAAUAUCUCAGCAUCAGUCGACUGCAGCCAAGACUCCGCAAGAGUUAACUGGACGACUAACAUUGGUGCUAUAUUCUACAUUGCCAUCGCCCAGGAUGCCAAUGGAAAUACACACAGCUGCAAUUCAUUGGGCACCAACUGCUUAAUCGAAGGCCUGAGAUGUGGACAGAAUUACACCGCCAGCGUUAUUGGGACUAAUCUCCAGUGCAACAGCACAGCCAGCGAGGAGGUCACCUUUCUUACAGCACCGUGUCCUCCAACCAACAUUGAGGCCUUCAGAGACUGUGACGCCAACCAUGCUCUCAUAGUGUGGCAGAACCAUCAGCCCACAGGCCUGUACACAGCAACUAUAGAGGAUCAAAGUGGAGCUCAACUCUCAUGCACCAGCAACACAGUCAACAACUGUAAAAUCACCUCUCUGCCCUGUGGGAAGUCGUACAGCGUCGCUGUCACCUACAGUGACGGGAACUGUCCGUCCACCUCGACCUCUAUCAGCAUGGAUUCAGUCCCAUGUGGCCCUGAGGACGUGAGGGCCAGUGUGACCUGUGUUACCGGAGAGCUGACGGUCACCUGGAACAUCUCUGUUCCUGCGGAGAACUACACCACUGUCAUCUCCAAUGGAAUGGGUCGGUCUCUGUACUGUAACUCUACAGAGACACAGUGCUCCACGGGAGGGUUGUUGUGUGGAAGCUCCUAUGGAGUGAUCGUCUUCUCCGUCACCGGGAAGUGCUACAGUCUGCCGAGUACAGAGGUCACGGUGCAAACAUUGCCAUGUCCUCCCACCAACGUCACAGCUGUGCGCACAUGUGCUCCAGAUCCCAUACCUGUGUCAUGGGUGGCCAGUGACAGUGCCAAAUACUACACAGCUGUUGCUACGAGCAGCGGAGGUCACAGGUCAGAGUGCUCAACCAAUACAACUUCCUGCAGCCUCCCUACGCUUCAGUGUGGGGAGGUUUACACCAUCGGUGUUUCAGGAGCUGAUGACAACUGUACAGGUCCACUGAGCAACACUGUCUCUCUGAACACAGAGCCAUGUGCCCCCUCUAAUGUGUCCAGUCAGCUGAUGUGUAGCGCUGGCAUCGCUCAAGUGUCCUGGGCUCCCAGUGCGAAUGCAGCGAGCUACAAUGUGAAAGCCACCAGCAGCGGACAGAUCCUCACCUGCACCAGCUCCACCCCGAACUGCACCCUGAGUAACCUGGUCUGUGGCCAGGCGUAUGACGUUCGUGUGACUGCCACUGAUGGCACCUGUGUCAGCAGCUACAGCGCUCCCUUCACACAAGACCAAGUUCCCUGCGCUCCACAGAACGUCAGCACAAACCUCUUAUGUGGCACCAAUGACUUAAUGGUCAGCUGGAUCCUUUCUCCUGAGCCACUCAACUACAGUGUGACUGCUGUGCCGCUGGAUGGAAACAUCAGCUCAGUGACCUGUCGUACUGACACUGCCAGCUGCAGUCUGAGUGCUCUUCAGUGUGGACAGACUUAUAAUGUCUCCGUCAAGGCUUCCUCUGGCAGCUGCAGCGGCCCAUAUAGCUCCCCACAAACUGUUCAAACAGCACCCUGCUCCCCUCAGAGCCUAACAGCAGUGACAGACUGUGGCACAAAGUCUCUUCUAGCCUCCUGGAUCGCCUCUCUUGGCGCUACCACCUACACAGCAACAGUGACGGGCCCCAACGGCUUCUCUGACACCUGCUCCUCCUCAAACCUCACAUGCUCUGUCUCCGGCCUGCAGUGUGCUAGUCAGUACAACAUCACAGUAACAUCAGAGGACGGCCACUGCACCAGCGCUCCCAUUCAAACUGUUAUAACAACAGGACCAUGUGACCCUGUCAAUGUGACCAGCAACCUCCACUGUGGCUCAGACACAGCCAUGGUGUCCUGGGUUGCUGCUCCUGGGGCCGUGGCUUACACUGUGGUUGCUCAAGAGGGCAGCUCUCAGAAUUAUAUUUCCUGUAGGAGCAAUACAACUUCUUGUCAGCUGAACCAGCUUCAGUGCGGAAAAGUUUACAAUCUGACUGUAGUGGCUGAGGACGCCACAUGUAACAGCACUGGAGGCACCCGAGCAGUCCUGAUGACAGCUCCUUGCUCUCCCUUUAUCCAGAACAGCACCCAGAUGUGUGGUACCAAUUCUUCCUCUCUGUCAUGGGAGUCAAUGGCUGAUGCAGUAGGUUACAUAGUUAAUGCAACAGCUACAAGCGGGCACAAGGUUUCCUGCAGCUCAGCCACUGCUACAUGCACCCUAACAGAUCUCCUCUGUAGUGAAACAUACACAGCCACAGUCACUGCAAGAGGAAGCCAGUGUGAUAGCGCGCCUGGACCCAACACCAGCAUUACUACAGUCCCAUGUUCUCCAGCUAUCACAUCUAAGCAGUAUACCUGUGGCACCAACACAGCAGUGUUUAGCUGGACUGACCCUAUGGGCAGCCUCAGCUUCCUGGCUCAGGUAGCAGGAGAAGGGUAUCAGGACAGCUGCCAGACAACAAAUACCAGUUGUCUUUUCCAAAAUCUUCCCUGUGGCUUGGAUUUCAAUGUAACGGUCGAGGCUCAGGGGGCACAGUGCAACAGCAUCCCCACUGUUAGUGAACCCUUUGAAACAGUUCCGUGCGCCCCACAGAAUGUGAGUGCCACCCUGGUGUGUUUCAAUCACUCAGCCCUAGUGACAUGGGUAGGAAGCUCCAGUGCAGUAGGAUACAAUGUGACACUGACAGGCCAGGAUGGACACACUCACCACUGCCACACCAACACUACCAGCUGUCAAGUACCUGACAUCCACUGUGGUGAAACCUACGACAUCACAGUCACACCGUACUCUAAGACAUGCACAGGAAACCCAAGUGCUGUUUACAGCUUUAUAGCAGGUCUUUGUGCUCCCAGUAAUGUCACUGUGUCUCCAGCUUGUGAGGACAGCAUUGUCUCCUGGUCACCAGUAACAGGGGCAGAGAUGUAUAUAGCAACAGCUACUGCAGAUGAUGGACACACUCACACUUGCAGCUCGAACUAUUCCAAUUCAUGCAAUUUCACUGACCUCCACUGUGGGGAAACCUAUUCUGUUGAUGUAGUAACUGUGGACAGGGGCUGUCGGAGCGAGCCGAGCUCAGCGGCUGUGCUGAGAACAGCUCUGUGUCCGGCCGCUAACCUGAUGGGCCAGGUCAGCUGUGAUACCAACACACUGACCCUCACGUGGAACCAGAAUCCAGUGUCUGGGACCAACUACACUUUACAGACUGAGAGGAUGGGCGGCACGUUCCCUCCUUCAGUGCUCACCACCUCUAACACUUCACACACUCUGACCAACCUGCUGUGUGGUCAGAGAUAUGCUUUCCGCAUCGCAGCACAUGAUGGCAACUGCCGCAGCAGCUACAGUCCACCCAUAGAAAUAAGCACAGCUCCUUGUCAGCCCACCAACUUCACCGCACGUGUGGACUGUGGGACGAACAGAGGGAAUUUCUCCUGGGUUGAGAGCAUUGGGGCAGGUUUCUACACUGUAGAGGUGACAGGAGAGCACGGCCACGUAGCAUCCUGCUCCUCCAACGACACCUCCUGCGCUGUUAAACUUCACUGCGGCCGCUUGUACUCCGCUACACUGGUGGCUUCCACAGAAAGCUGCAACAGCACUAAACACGCUGACAUUCAUUUUGAAUCUGCUCCCUGUCUCCCAGACAAUGUCGUAGCAGAAGUGGAGUGUAACACUAAUGUGAUGAACGUGAGUUGGACACAGACCACAGGCUCAGAUGACUACACCGCCUGGGCCAUCAGCACAGACGGUCACAGAGCCUCCUGCAACUCAACCUCCAACUCCUGCUCCAUCCACAACUUGCAGUGUGGCAAAGUCUACGAGGUGGCCGUCACCUCCUCCUCCAUCCACUGCAGUGUUAUCGCUGGCUCUGACUACAAGGUUCAGUCUGCUCCCUGUAAACCUGAGAACACCACUGUUGACCAGAACUGUAGCAGCAAUGUCAUGACAGUGAAAUGGAAGCAGAGCAGCUCAACACAGAACUACACUGUGGAAGCCACCUCUGCCGCAGGCGUUAACUCGACUUGUGUCUCCACUGAGAGCAGCUGCACCUUCCUGGACCUGAGCUGUGGUCAACUCUAUACUUUCACUGUGAUGGGACACACUAAUGUGUGCAUGAGCGAAAUAAGCAGCUCUAUAGAGAAGAUCACAGCCCCAUGUCCUCCCACCAAUGUGUCAGCUAAACUUAAUUGUACCACACAUGAUGCUCUGGUCAGCUGGACUACUGCGGCCACAGCCACAGCCACAGCCUACAGCAUUCAGGCAACCUCUACCAAUGGACACAGCUCCUCCUGCAGCGGGACGGGAACAUCCUGUAACCUGAACAGCCUGGUCUGUGGACAGGAGUACUCUGUUGUUGUGGAGGCAAUGCACACUGGCUGUCCUGGACCUGCCAGUCCCCCGGCCACGCUCACCACAGAGCCCUGUGUUCCCACAAAUAUCUCUGUCUUCUACAAUGUGAGCACUGCCCAGGUGAUGUGGGGUUCAGCAAGUGGUGCCAGCUCCUACUCUGUUGAGGCUGUGACUGACCAUGGCUCCACAGUCACCUGCAACACCACCAACAACAGCUGCUUCCUGAACGGCAUGCAGUGUGGUCAGAUCUACAACGUGACUGUGACUGCACACAACCUGGCGUGUGACAGUGUGACCUCUGAAAUCCAUCGCCUCAUGACAGAGCCCUGUCCUCCCACCAACAUUCAGGCCAAUAUGGCGUGUGAACAACUCACUGCGACAGUUUCCUGGGAUCAGAGCGACCUCGCUGUGGGUUACGUCGCCUACCUUGACAACCAAAAUGGCCACUACACGUCCUGCGCUGCCACAAACACCCACUGUACUGUCUCAGGACUGACAUGUGGCACAGUGUACAGCGUCUGGGUCAAGGCCCUGGGACAGCAGUACAACAGCUCUGACAGCACAGUGGUGUCUCUUACAUCAGGGCCUUGCCAGCCAAGCAGCAUUGAGGCCAUAAUGGACUGCGAAGCCCACUCUGCUACCAUAUCCUGGCAGCCCAGUGUUGGAGCUUUGUACUAUGCUGCUGAGCUUACAGCUUCAUCAGGCCACACCACCAGCUGCACCACCAACCACACCAACUGUCAGCUGAGCUCUCUGCGGUGUGGAGAGGAAUACAACGUCACCGUGGUGGCUGUGGGAGAGUCCUGCAACAGCACUGCUCAAAUGGCAGGAUACCUCACCACAGAGCCCUGUGUUCCCAUAAAUCUCUCUGUCCACUACAAUGUGAGCACUGCCCAGGUGAUGUGGGGUUCAGCAAGUGGUGCCAGCUCCUACUCUGUUGAGGCUGUGACUGACCAAGGCUCGAUGGUCACCUGCAACACCACCAACAACAGCUGCUUCCUGAACGGCCUGCAGUGUGGUCAGAUCUACAACGUCACGGUGAUGGCCAAAAACCUGGUCUGCAAUAACACUGUGACCUCUGAACCCUACCACCUUAUGACAGAGCCCUGUCCACCCACCAACGUUCAGGCCAAUAUGGCGUGUGAACAACUCGCUGCGACAGUUUCCUGGGAUCAGAGCGACCUCGCUGUGGGUUAUGUCGCCUACUUUGACAACCAAAACGGCCACUACACUUCCUGCGCUGCCACAAACACCCACUGUACUGUCUCAGGACUGACAUGUGGCACAGUGUACAGCGUCUGGGUCAAGGCCCUGGGACAGCAGUACAACAGCUCUGACAGCACAGUGGUGUCUCUUACAUCAGCUCCCUGCCUGCCCAGAGAGGUAGAAGUAGAAGUCGACUGUAACUCUGAUGGUGCAGCCGUCGUGUCCUGGAACACAACUUAUGGCACAGCAAACUUUUCUCUGUCAGCCAUUGUCAGUGGAAGUCUUCAGACCCUGUGUACAACUCAACAGAACAGCUGUAAUGUGAACAGUUUAACUUGCGGGGAAACCUACAACAUCAGCCUCACUGCCAGCAACGACCAGUGCAGCCUCACGGUCCCGAUGCGCGCUAACCUCACCACACGUCCCUGCCCGCCACAGCGCCUAGCUGUAGACCUGCAGUGCGGCUCCCGCACUGCUGUCUUGUCCUGGGAGGAGAGACCUGAUGUUGAACUGUAUGUAGCAACUGCCAUCAAGGCGUCAGGAGGGGAGGUGAAGAGAUGUAACUCUACGGGCUCCACCUGUCAGUUCCCCAGUUUGGCCUGUGGAGAAACAUACAACUUUACCAUCAGAGCUCACAGCCAAGGCUGCAGCAGCCAGGCCAGUAAUAGUGUGUCCAUCCAAACAGAGCCUUGCCAGCCUGUGAUCGUGUCCGUUCAGGCCCUCUGUCAGAGCAAGGAGGUCCAGAUCUCAUGGCACCAGGCAAGCGGUGUUGUGAAUUACUUAGUUGCAGCCACAGGGAGCCUCGGAUAUGUGGAGAACUACAACACAACCCAGACUCUGCUGUCAGCCACUCUGCCUUGUGGACAGGAUUAUAACGUCACUGUGCAAGGACAAGGCAGCGAGUGUGACAGCAUCCCCAGCGGCCCUGCCUUCUUCAAAACUCCCCCAUGUAUCCCCCAGGAUGUUACAACCUAUGUGCAGUGUGAGUCUAAGGUGGGCUCUGUCAGCUGGGGGCCCAGCGACGGCGCCGAGUCAUACAUUGUCACUGCAACUGGCCUUGAUGGACACACCCACCAGUGUCUCACCAACACCACCUCCUGCACCUGGAAUGACCUGCAUUGCGGGGAGGACUACACUGUUGUAGUGAGAGCAAAGGACGACAACUGCACCAGCCUGCCCAGCAACAGCUCAGUCAUCCAUAUGGAUCCCUGUGUGCCUCAGAAUUUAGUCACCUCCGUGGACUGCAGUAUGAAAGUUGUUUCUCUGAGCUGGGAUGCAAGUAAUGGAACAAACCUGUACAUGGUAUCAGCUGAGGCAGGAAACCAGACAUCUGCACUCACCACUAAUGUCACCACAGCCCACUUCUCCGACUUAACCUGCGGACAAAACUACAGCCUCACGGUCACACCUCACAGCCAGCACUGUCCCGGCAGCUCCAGUGCACUGGCUUCUGUACAGACAUGGCCGUGUCCACCUUCAGGAGUCUCCACCAUGCAGGACUGUCUCUCUGGCAUCGUCAUGGUAACGUGGCAGGCCAGUAAUGGGUCCAACUACUAUGCGGUCACCAUGCAGACCGACACCGGCAUCUCACAGAUGUCCAUGUCCGAUUCUAAUCAAAGCAGCUUCCCAGGCCUGAUGUGUGGGUACAACUUCUCUGUGUCAGUCACAGCCUCCAACCAACGGUGUAACACCACCUCCAGUCACACCACCAGUCUGCAGUCAGUGCCAUGUGCUCCCACUAACGUCUCAGUGGUGAUGGACUGUGCCAACAACACUGCUGCUGUGUCCUGGUCUGCCAGUCGCGGGGCUGUACAGUACUCAGUGACAGCCCGCAGUAGUCAUGGCAACAUCAGCUGCCAGACCUCUGACCUCAGCUGCAGCCUCAACAACCUCAUGUGCGGCACCAACUACACUGUUCAGGUCGUGUCUAUGGGCGACGACUGCUCUAGCAUUCCUAGCCAGGCCUUGGUAUUAAACUCAGCCCCAUGUCCACCCCAGAAUGUGAGCGCCCAGCUCAGCUGUUCCUCAAACGACCUGAUGAUUUCUUGGGAUGCCAUCAGAGAUGCUGACCACUUCCUGGUGUCAGUAAUGGCAGAAAAUGGAGGAAUCAGCGAGUCGUGUAACACCACAGACACAGCAUGUUCCAUCAGCAGCGUGAGCUGUGGGAAAACAUUCACCAUUCACGUCACUUCUGUCAGAGGCGACUGCCGCAGCCAGCCUAGUCAGACCCACAGCAUCCUGUCAGCUCCCUGCCAGCCUCAAGGAAUCAGGGGCAACAUCGACUGUGUGACCAACUCUGCUUGGAUAUCAUGGGACGGUGGUCCAGGGGCGGACAGCCACACUGUGUCAGCCACAGGUGGAGAAGACUACACAGCCAACUGCACCACUUCUAGUAACACUACAUGUGAGGUGGAGGACCUGGCGUGUGGUGUUCUUUAUAAUUUCAGCGUUAUUGCUAAAAACAGCCAGUGUGAGAGUCAGCCGAGUGCUACCAUCGAGCUGCAGACAGCCCCCUGCUCCCUCUCUGGUAUCACCGCCAUCCCUCAGUGCCACAAUUCCUCCAUCCUUGUCAUGUGGGAGCUGAUGGAGGGCAGCAGUGGAAACACAGAAUACAUCGCCACAGCAGAAGCCAGCGAUCGCACCUACCUGUCCUGCAAUGACACGGGCACUAGCUGCUACCUGCAUGGAGCUCGAUGUGACCUUCAUUACACCGUCAUUGUAGCUGCUUCAUCAGACCAAUGCAGCAGCAUGAGAAGUCCGCCCUACAGAGUUAGCAUGGAGCCCUGUCCACCCAGAGAUGUGAUGGUUAGCACCUCCUGUGAGGACCACAGUGCACUGGUGUCCUGGACUCCCUCUCCCAUUGCUGAAACCUACCAUGUCGUCGCUAUGGCCGUUGAUGGACACGUGCACACUUGCAACACCUCCUCCAGUAACUGCAGUGUAUCAGAGCUGCACUGUGACCAGCAGUACACUGUGUUUGUAACUGCUAGCCACGAAAACUGCUCCAGCAUGGCCAGUGAAAAUACAACAUUAAAUACAGGUCCUUGUCAGCCAGGUGGACUCUCAGUCACGUUCAACUGUAACAAUCAGUCUGCGUUGCUGUCGUGGACACCCAGUGAUAACACUGUAGACUACUAUGGCUGUGCUCAGUCUGGGAGCGGAGACAUGCUCUACUGUCAAAGCGCAGAUCCCACCUGUACUAUUGAGGGUCUGGAUUGUGGAACAGUUUAUAAUUUCUCCGUCCAGGCCUCAGAUGGCUCAUGCAACAGCUCCUUCACCGACCCAGUGCAGAGUGGUGCAGCUCCCUGUCCUCCGGACACCGUUGAGGUGCAGCUGCUGCCGAUGCAGUCAGCGAUCCAGGUGUUGCGCUUCAGCUGGUCACAGAUCUCCUGCAGUGACACUGAGUACAUGUUAACGUUAACGGGGAAUCUGCUCGGGGACAACCUAACCCAGUUCGAGCUCUCUUCCUACUGGACGAGCAUGACAUACUUUGAGAUUCCUCUCCCGUGCAGUUCGUCCUACGUUGCUACGGUGCAGAGCAGGAGCAGUGCUGCUACCAGCGACCCAUCCACACCAUACGAGUCUGUAACAGCUCCUUGUCCACCAUCAGGAGUGGUGUACAGCGGUAACAGCACCUUCGCCACAAUUUCCUGGCAGUCUUCGGUCUUUGCCACCACGUACACGGUGUAUGACAUCGGUGUUACGCCAAAGGCUCAGCUGUGCAGAGUGGCAGGGCUGUCCUGCUCUCUGUCCAACAUCACCUCCACUAACCUGGUGAUCAUCGCCAGCAACGCAGCUGGAGACAGUGAAGCUCAAAAUAUCACAAAUGUGGUACCACAAGGACGCAGGAGGAGAGAUCUCAGUGAAAUGCAGGGGGGAGGCCUCUCAGCUCCCGUGCUGGACGUCAAAGGGAUGAUGUCAACAGCUGUUUUUGUUGAGUGGUCUCAAGUGGAUGAUGCUUCCUAUUAUAGCUUGAUCAUCACGAAGCAGGACGGAUCCAGCGAACCUCAGGAGGAAAUGGUGUAUGGGGAGAGCAUUAUUGUCCCUGAUCUGAGCCCCGACUCCACCUACUGUUUCUCAGUGUCGGCCAGCAUCUCUGCCACCAGCGGGCCAGAGUCAGAGCCCGUGUGCGUGCAAACAGGACAAGGGCUUGCCAUGUAAGCAGGACCUCUGUAGACUUUAGAAAGAGGUCUGUGCACAUCUCCCAGUUAAAUGUGACGAUGUAGCUGUCAAACCAGCAGCGCUUUGACAUUUAUACAUACUUCACAAUAACUUUAGAUCUUUUAGAACGUGGGAGUUAAUGUGGGCGGGUGUGACUGUUACAUUUCAGCUGCAGUUGUUCUUAGUGUAGGUUGGUCUUAUAAUGAAAAGCUAGAAAUGGGACUGCUGCAAUAGUCUGUCCACUGCCAACAAUGCAGUUCAUUCAUGUAUUAAAUAAGUAACAUAAUAGGUUUCUUCAAAAAAAAAAAAAAAAAAAAAAUUGUAAAAUUAGUAUUCUAUAUUUGUGUAAAAACCUUUCAUAGAGGUACACAUUGCUGUUGGUUGAGGUUAUAUUUUAUAUCUAUGGCUUUGUUCCUCCUGCUUUUUAUAUUUUAUUCACUUUUGUAAAUUAUGUAUUGGUCAUCUUAAAGGUAAUAUAUCAGGAAGUGUAUUUUCUUUUUGCCAUUUCUAAAUGUGUAUUUAACAAGGAAAUUAUUUUCAGACUACAUUCUAAUAAAACGCACAAAAAACUGUUUGUGUCACCCUUUGCAUUUCCACACAAUGACUGUGAUAUCCUUCUACAUUAAUCUGUGCUUGUAUGACAUUUGAACGCCCUUUCCUUUAAAAUAAGAACAAAGUUUGUUGUUUGUAAAAGUGUUUUAAUAGAAAACAAAAUGCAACAGAGCAAUAACCCAAUCACAGCACAAGCAGGGCUCAAGUGUGUGUGGUAAAAAUUACCCUUUGCAUACUGCCCUUUAGAGGAUUAAAACAUUCUCUGGCUGUCUACACACGACCAUCGAAAGAAUUACUUUGAGCUGGUGUGAGCCACAUCACAUGAACUUUAACCGUUCACUUUGGACUGUUCAAAACAUGUUUAAUCAGAGUACAGUGGACAAAGAGGCUUAAGUAUAAAGAACUUCCAGACAUGUGGACUGUAGUAUUAGUCAAAUUUAAAAAAAGGCAUGUAUUGGCUUCUGUACAUGCCUGAACAGUUAAUCUUUAUAAAUUAUAUGACGACAGUGUUAAACUGAGCUUUCAGCAUGGACCACGCCCAACCCAGCAGUGAAUGCAACUCUGACCACUUAUCAUGUGUAGACAGCCACCAAAACAUUAUAUACAAAC